AUUUUGUAUUUGUUCCAUUCUAAACUUCUCCAUGUACUAACAAAACAUGUUCGUAGAAAUGUUUCAGCUUCUAUUCACAAUCGUAUCAAUCGAAACCGUCCUGAUUUUAACACUCGGGUUCGGGACACCAGCGAGAAGAGUGGUAGUAAAAUUGCUAGACAUAUCAAAGCAAGGUCGGGGACCACUGGUCGCGAAAACGGUCGCAGCCACUAUGCUUGUAUUGUUUGGCUCGGUUAUGUACAGCACGAUUCAAAUCAACACAAGGGUCUCCGAAUCUGGUGGUGUAGCAAACUCGACCGAUCAAGUCAUGUUUGCAAAUCGCCUCCUCGAAGCUUUCCUCAUGGGGACAAUCUUGUUCUUGGCAAUGGUUAUAGACAGAAUGCAUUAUUACACAAGAGAGCUUCAAAUCACAAGAAGAAACUUGGAGAUUGCUGUUAAGACGAAGAGCAAAACUGGAGCUUAAUUAAAAAGCCAAAUUUAGCAUCUAAAAAACUGUAAAAUAUGUGAAUAUUAAUUAAUACAUUAUAAAAAAAAAAGUCACACUCGUGUUACUU